CCAUAACAACAAAAUAAACAAAAGGAAACAAACAUUGAGACCGAGGAUUCACUAAAACGAUUGUCACUUUGAGUGAGACACAUUCUGACUCACUCUACCCUGUCAGUCACUCUGUUGUUUGGUCUCAUCCAGCGAUUACGUCCAAGACCGAGACGCUAGUAGUAUACGAUUGACAACAAACCAAAAGAAUGGUGGACGAUUUCAGUUCUCUACUGACAAUCGAGGUGAUAGAUCAUGGCGAACCGGAUAGACGACGUGACGGGCCACGUUGCUCUGUCUGUCUGCAGUCAUCUUCGGCUGUAACACAUACACUACCUCGAUGUCGGCACGGUGUCUGCCACAGCUGCCUCGACUUGGUGAAAAGCAGUGAUACUUCUGUGUUUUGCGUCACCUGUCAGAUUCGAAGCGUGUCCCCCAACCCUGAUCAAGGCGAGACAUCCAGUGAGUCAUGGCUGUCGUCCCCGACGACGGGCGCAUCAUCAUCGGCGUCGUCAUCGAUUUCGAGCGAGAAGCACGACAUCAUCAAGACCCAGCUGAUGAAGCUUUAUCAUCUCGACGACGCUGUCUACAAGCCGCUCUCAAAGCACUUCGAGAGAGUCCUCCUCAUGCUCAAGAAAGGUCUUGAAAAGAAAGUUCAGCUGAUCGAGACACAUUUCGAAGAAAUCGUCGACGCAUUGGACAAGAGAAAAAAGAAAAUCAUCAGGUCCUUGAAGCAAAACACGAAGGCCAACAAGGCUUUGAUAGAGAUUAAGAAGAAGGCGAUGGAGAAAGAAAGGGCACAACUGAAAGAGUGUAGGAGGCGUCACCAGGACAAAGUUCGUGACAGGGGGAAUGGAAGGACUUCUGAUAUUAUGAUCAACUCGUUUUUGGCCGAGGUCGAUGACAUCCAGCGGAAGGCGAGAAAAAUGAGCACCGAGAAUGCAACCACGGAGUUGGAUGAGCUUGAGGUUGUCACCGAUUCCGAAGUCGAGGGUUCCAUCAAGGACGCUGUGGAGAAACUUGCGACACUUCGUGAGACAGCUCAGCUUCUCAAGUCCCGGGUAGGAACACCAACAUCCUCUCCAUCCUGGUCGCUUGAUGACUCCACACCGUCGUCUUCCAGCCCGCCACAAAGGGGAAGACCGAUGUCUCUCCGCGUUCCAGUGCAGCCUCAUAGAACACAAAGCCUCUCACCAAAUCCUCAUCGCUCCUCCAGGUUACCGGUGACUCCUCGGGAAGUUCGCUCGGCAGCAGAUGGCGACGAGAUCCAGAACCUUCACACAGGUCGCUUUCUUCCAAACAUCCCACCACCACCACCAACUGCAGCAUCAGCUAGUCAACGACCGCAAAGUGGUCAGCGGCGUCAACCAGGCCCGCCCGACGAAAAUGAUUCUUCGACAGAGCAGACUGUUGGUGAUCAUCCAGGCUGUCGCCAGGUCAAGUCGUCUGACAAACUUCUACUUAAAAAGCGAGAUCGUACGACCAAGAGGAGCUUACCAAAUAUUUCACUUAACCCGCAAGGCAAAGUAGUACCUCAUCCCAAUAGAGUCAAGUACCAAACACUGAUGCAGGAUGAUGCGAAAGUUGAGCGACCUUCCGGAGUCUGCUGCCUUGGUAACGGUGUGGAUGACAAAGGCGUGGUCGCCGUAGCGGACUGCGGUCGUGGUAGGAUCGUGCAGGUUGGUCUGGACGGAGUUGUGGCCGGUGUGACAACGGUGUGGGAAGAUGACGGAGACUCGGUGAAGGCCCAAGGAGUAUUCGAUGUCGCACAGAUAGACGGAGGAUGCAUCAUCGUAUCGGAUUCGCAACAGAAGCAGGUAAUCCUGUUUGACGAGGGCAGGCGAGCACAUACCUUGGAACUUCCGGUCCAUACUGACCCCCGUGGUGUGACGUCACAGGGUCACCGUGUCUUCAUCUGCGACCAAGGCAACCAUUGUGUGCAGAUGUUGGAUCUUCAUGACAAGAAUGACUACAGCAAACCCAAAGCCAAAGCGAUCACUCUCAGCAACGCAAACGAACACCUUAUGGUCUGUCCAUAUUACGCGUCAGUUGAUCAAUCUGGGGACCGGAUACUGGUCAGCGACUAUGGCGCUGGCGCGCUUAUUCUCGCGCGCGUUGAUAACGCGCAUCCGCCGCUCCGCGUCAAACUCGUAGCGUCGUCUGCUACGUCACAACAUGGCCGACCGUGUACAGCGACAAGCAUCGAGAUCAGGCCGACGGGCGUCGCCUGGCUGCCGAAUGGACGCGGUGCCGUGGUCGCUGACCAGAUCGGGCAUCGGCUCGUGGUCGUCGAUGAGGAGCUGAAUGUUGUGGGUAGUUUUGGGAGACAAGGGAGUGGAGAUGGGGAGUUUCUCUUUCCACACGGAAUCACAUUCGUUUCUGACAGCCUUCUCAGCGUGUGUGACAUGAAUAAUGCACGAAUACAGUUUGUCAAAUUGGAGUUAUUACUUGCAAGUAUCAACUAAAGUUUGUUUUUAAAGCCCCUCUGCAAUAGUUUGGCCAGGGGGGAUUAGACCUCCCUGCAUGGCCACUGACAGGU